GCGGCAUCUGGUCAGAGAAAUAUAGAUCCCUGCAGCUCUCAGCACAUCCGCACCGAUCAUCAACGCCCUGUUACUCUGCAGGUCGUCUUCGGAACUCGUUCGGUUCUGGCUGAAAUGGAUUAGCCGAGCGAGACGAAUCUUUUCCGUCCGCACUGUUUUCGUCUCUUCGUUCCUGUCCUCACACUACCUCACGAUGGCGUCGUGCUCUCCAGUCGUGCGUUUCUACCGGAAGGUGAACAGGCUGAAGACGUUAGAAGAGGACAUGAUGGCCACGUCUCUGAGGCGCUGCCUCUCCACACUGGACCUGGCGCUGCUCGGUGUGGGUGCCAUGGUCGGCUCGGGUCUCUACGUCCUCACCGGAGCCGUCGCCAAGGAUAUGGCGGGACCAGCCGUUGUGAUUUCGUUCCUGGUGGCGGGCGUGGCUUCGCUCAUGGCGGCUCUGUGCUAUGCUGAAUUUGGCGCCCGUGUCCCCAAGACAGGCUCCGCCUACAUGUUUACGUACGUCUCCGUCGGUGAGAUCUGGGCCUUUUUGAUUGGCUGGAAUGUCAUCCUGGAGUAUAUGAUCGGCGGCGCGGCGGUGGCUCGUGCCUGGAGCGGCUACCUGGACUCCAUCUUUGACCACCGCAUCCGGAAUUUCACGGAAAGUCACGUACUGCGCUGGGAAGUACCUUUCCUCGCCAGAUAUCCAGACUUCCUCGCGGCAGGAAUACUGCUGGUUGCAUCUUUCUUAAUUUCAUUCGGCGUGCGCGUCUCAUCCUGGCUAAAUCACAUCUUCUCUACCAUCAGCAUGCUAGUCAUCGCCUUCAUCCUGGUCUUUGGUUUCGCACUGGCCGAUCCGGCCAAUUGGAGCGCUCGCAAAGGCGGUUUUGCCCCCUAUGGCUUCUCGGGAAUCAUGGCAGGAACGGCCACCUGCUUCUACGCGUUCGUAGGCUUCGACGUGAUUGCUGCGUCCAGCGAGGAGGCCCGUGACCCUCAGAAGUCUGUUCCCAUUGCAACAGCGAUCUCACUCGCCCUGGCAGCCACAGCCUACAUCCUGGUCUCGAUGGUUCUGACGCUGAUGGUCCCGUGGGACACACUCGACCCGAACUCGGCGUUCUCCGACGCCUUCUUCAGGCGCGGGUACAGCUGGGCCGGCUUUAUUGUGGCUGUGGGAUCCAUCUGCGCCAUGAACACGGUGCUGCUCAGCAACCUCUUCUCUCUGCCUCGCAUCGUGUACGCCAUGGCCGAGGACGGACUCUUCUUCUCCGUCUUCUCACGUGUUAAUCCCGUCACCAAAGUGCCCGUCAUUGCCAUCUUGGUCUUCGGCAGCCUUAUGUCCGUCCUAGCGCUCAUCUUCGACCUGGAGGCUCUCGUCCAGUUCCUCUCCAUCGGCACGCUGUUAGCGUACACCUUCGUAGCUGCGAGCAUUAUCGUUUUGCGCUUCCAGCCUGAAAAAAAUACCACGGCUAAGAAAGAUGCGCCGGCGCCCUCGCCAGGUCAACAGAGCAACUCCGGCUCUGAGCUCAAGGAGGACAGCGGCGAGCUGAAGGAGUACGAGUCGUUUUCGGAUAAACUGCGCCUGGUGGAGAGGCAGAAGUUCCCGGGUGCACUUAGUGCCCGUUGGGAGCCGUACCUGGGUACUGUACUGGGAGACUGGGCGCCGGGCGAGGUGGUGACGUUCAGUGUGUUGGCGCUGAUGGUGAGCGCCGUGUCGCUCUCCGCAGUGGUUGUUUUUGGAAACAGCUACCUGGCGCUGCCUACAUGGAGCUUCGUCCUGCUGCUCGUCAUCUUCAGCCUGGCGUUCCUCCUCACCCUCUUCGUCAUCUCCGUCCAUGAGCAGCAGAGGAACACCAAGACCUUCCAGGUUCCCCUGGUGCCGUUUGUACCUGGUGCCAGCAUCCUGCUGAAUGUGUUUCUCAUGAUGAAGCUCAGUCCACUCACCUGGGUCCGAUUCACCAUCUGGGUAGCUGCAGGUCUGUUGGUGUAUUUCGGUUAUGGUAUGUGGCACAGUAAAGAAGGCCUGAAGGAGCCGCAGUGUGUUUCCGCCCGCUACGUGGUUCUGCCCAGCGGGAGUCUGGUGGAAACGGUCCAGAACGUCCAGCCCGAGGGACACACACACGCUCACACACCCGCCACAAACGCUCCCACGCCAACCGUCGACGACCCGCAAGCCAACAGAUGAUCUGCGUCUCUGUACGAACACGUGUUAAACACGCUAACUGUGUAGUGUGCGUGAGUGUGUGUCUUUUUAUGCUUCUCCUUUACUGCCACAGUCUGUUCUGCCUUUCUGUAGACCAUGACUAGGUUCUAGAUUUGGGAAGACUGAUUAUUUUGAGGAAACCCUAAGAGACCGUCUUGGACGUUUGUGUGCGCAUGUGUGUGUGUGUGUGUGUGUGUGUGAGCUUUCUCUCUAUGUAGUUGUGACUCGUUUGCUUUUGUUGAAUCACUUCCUGUGAUGACUUACUACUGAGGUUCGCCAAAUAUACAGCGGGACACUGAAGUCUAAAUCGUUACCAUGAGCUGUUUCUGUUUCAGCAGUGAUCAGACCCCCAUCCGUCGCCACGUACGGAAUAUCACGUGUCUUUAACGUAUGACCAACGGGCCUCGUUUCUAAAGCUGAAUAUAACACGUUUACUCGGAACUCGUUUCCAGGAACAUUUACACACACGUGUGGCGUUUGUGAAAAUCCAGUCAGGUGGAGAGAAACGUUUUUCGCUCCUGACGUCCUGUGAAUUCACCUCGACUGAUCGGCUUCAAAACAUAGAAUUGUUGAGGAGUUACUGCCGUUUUACGUACGGGUUACGCUGUGAAAGUAACGGCGCCCUAUAAAAGGCGUCAGAGUAUGUCAUGCGCGUGUGUAUACGGUAGCUGAUGCGCUGCAGUGGCUGAGCUGCAUUACUGGAGGACUCGGCGCACACUGCGAUCAGGAGGCUUUUUUCUGGGCGUGGCUAAAGGUAUGCCGUGAAUGUGCUUGGUAAUUUACAACAGAUUUGUGCGAUGAAAAUCAGUGAAACAUUUUGGAUCAGGCGAGAUGUUUGUAGGUUGGUUUGGCUACAAAAUAUUGAAGGAAAAUGAGGACUUUGUGUUGGUAGCUAGCGCUGCGCCUAGUAGCGUUCAUGUUUGCAGAUAAACAUGUUAAACUUGUCUAACAAUGUUUGUCAACAGUUAAUUGUUUAGUUUUAUUUUGUUCAACGUGACCCGGAGGCGAUUGUUAUGUGGGAGGAUUGCGAAGUGCCCGUCGAUGGAAAAACCACUUUAAGUCAUCGCACUGUCCUACUGGAAGAAAUCCUCUUUAGAACAUUGGGUCCAGAAUCACAUGACAGCAGACACUGGCUGAUUUGUUUAUUACAGUACUAAGGGGAAUGUGAUGUUAAACACAUGACCGCUGGUGAAAUGAUCAGUUCAUGGUAAUGGAAUGUUUGAUUCAUAUGAUUGUGUGUUUCCGUGGCUUUUCAUAUCUGCCAUAUUAUGAGCCUGGAUUGUUAGCUGCGAUGAGAUAAAGAAGGCGGAGCUAGCCGUUUCGAAUCUCGGGUUGAACUCGUGCAUGUGAUUACGACUUGAAGAGACGUUCAUGUACAAUAUUUAGAAUCACAAGCGCACACGAAUGCAGCAUCGGUUCGAUUCUAACGCUCACAGAGGUGUUAACGUAGAGGUGUUAAUGAAGUAUUUCCGUUUUGGUGUGUGUUUUGGUGUGUGUUUGGAGUGUGUUUGGAGUUUAUUGAAUGGCCGGAUGUGUGUAAUGCUUUAUGAGAGAUGAUUAGCACUUUUUCGACACUGUGUUCGGUUUAUUGUUGAAGGACUGGAGGUUUGUUGAGCUGACAUAAGCAAGGACAAUCACCGAUGAUCACACACACACACACACACACACACACACACACACACACACACACACACACACACACACACACACACACACACACACACACACACACACACAUUUUCCUUAUUCUACAAUCAAAAGUCUUCACACACACCGUCAGUGAUUUUUCUCCCACAAACGCAGACCUCACAGAUCUGUUAAUAUAUAUAUAUGAAUCACGAUCACGAUGUAGUUAUUUCUCUCUCUCUUUAAUAUUUAUAAGUAUUUAUUUCAAUUUCUCCGUUCGGUCCGAUCUCAUUUCUGAGUUUUUCGUUACAGUGGAAUGUCCGUUACUUUUAAAGGCAGCUUUUAAAAGGACCAAAGGUUAAUAUGCAGCAGUGUUGCACUGGGCUGCGCUCGUUUGUACUGCUGGACACACACACACACACACACACACACACACACGCACGCGCACAUAUUGGCUGUAAAACUUCUUAAAUGAAACAAUAUUCAGUAGUCGUUUGAAUAUUAACGAGGUUAGAAAGUUAUCCUGCCACAUUUAACUUAACGUAAAUAUACAAAGUUAACUUGGUUGCUAAAAUAUACGAAUAAAAUAAAUGUAUAGGGCAGAUAACUCUCAUUAUCUUUAAUAUUUCAUAUUUUUACUUCUUAACCCACCAAAAAAAAAAAAAAAAAAAUGUUUUCUUUGUACUGAUGUUUACCUAAUAACUCAUCUUCACACUGAACUUGUUGUUGUUGUUGUUUAUUUUAAUCCUCCACCACAAGGUUAGGUGAAAUCCAAAAUGGCUUCCUAUGAACUAUACAUGUUCCCUACCGAGGUUGUAGUAUAAUGGGGCUGUAGACCCUACAUCAUGUGCUAUAUGCCUAAUGAGAUAAUAUUUGGGGUUGAAAUAAAGUGAUAUCAGUCGGAGCCAGUUGGAAAAAUGUUGAUUUGAAAUGUUAUAUUUAUUUACAAAGUUAGUACAUAGUUUAGAAAUGUAUGCAGUAGGCGAGUAAGAUCUAAAACUCUUCAGUGCAUUUUUUCCCCUUUUUUAAAUACAAACUUUAAUAGUAUUUGAACGGUCAAAUUCACUCUGAUAGCCCUAACACACACACACGCACACACACACACACACACACACACACACACACACACACACACACACACACAACCCCUUUUAUACUUAUGAUCCUUAUAUUAGUCAUUAGAUAAGCACAAAUACCCUGAGCUCCUGUCUUUCUUGCGCACACACACACACACACACACACACACACACACAAUGCCUGACAGUUCCCAUAAAGAGAUUAAACGGAACACAAACUAUUCUUUAGACAUGUCAUGUGAUAAGAAGAGAUUUUGCAUGACCUUUUAUUUAUUUUUGUCUCCCACACACACGUACUAUUAGUGCGUGUGUGUGUGUGCGUGUGUGUGCGUGGGUGUGUAAAAGCGAGAGAGAGAGAGCAGGGUGAGGCCUUGAGGUCUCAUUUAUUCAGGCAUUCAGGUCAUGUGGAAUAAAAUAUAAUUAAGAAAAGGAGUUGAAAUCGGAUUAACAAUGUCUGGCUGCUAGGAAUGUUUCUCACACACACACACACACACACACACACACACACACACACACACACACACGCACACACGCAAACUGAAGGAUAUUGAUUAAUAGCCUGACUGAUGUAAAAGUUUUGCCUGGCCCCAAUCUUACGAGGCUGAAAGUUUUGAUAAUUAUUAGAUAAUACCUAAAAUGUUGAAGUCUGUUCAAGAGGAAUGGAUUAAAGUCUCUGAAAGUGUAACUACUAUUUAAUAAUUUUUUCAAAAUAAUCUCCUUCAGCCAAAUCUCAAAAUAUUAAACACAAUUAAUCACAUCGCUGUCAACCAAUCAGAGCUCACGGCUAUUGAUGUACUCACCCUUAACGAGUUAGCUGUGAUGUCAUCACAACAGAAAUGUGUUUUUGUAUGAUUUUAUAUAUAUAA